AUGACGAUGGAGCAAGAUGCCAUGGCUUUGCUCAAGGAGAUUGGGCGUGUGAAGAUUGAGCUCAACUCGAUGGCGGAAGGUGCUGAUCAACGGUCAGAGCUCGAGGCCAAGCUGGAGCGCCUCACUGCUGAGCAUUUGGCAGCCACGAAGGGCCCACCCAGCCGUCGAGACAUGAGCGAGCCAAACAGCACAGUGGGCAGUUCCCCAGCCGAAGGCUCACCCGCGGACACCGCGGCGCCCAUAGAGUCUGCCAAAGCAAAGGAGCCCGACAAGCCGGAGAGGCGUGAGAGGAUCGGCGCUCGCAGCGGCCCGCCCAAGGCAGCGGCGAAAACGCCUGAGUUGGAACGCUGGCUGCAGAAGCAACGGCGGAAGGCAUCAGAUGAGGGCCUCAACUUUUCCGGCGGAGGUGCCGUGAGCACUGCGGAUGCUGGAGCUGGUCCUGGCGCGGAUGGCUACGAAGGCAUCAUCUUCCAGAGCGAGGGCGCUUGGUCGCUCCAUCAGCGCGAGGGGCGCUACCGCUUCGAUCAGGGCAAGCUGCGCGAUGUGGAGACCGGUGAGCUGCUGGGGCGCUUCGUUUGCGAAAGGAUCCAAGAAGCCGCACUGGAGAUGGAUCCAGACAGCUUCUCCAAGCUCACGGCUGAGAAUCUCCCCAUCCUCUCCUCAGAGAUCAUGACUGAGAUCCAGAAAAGUGAGAACGAGGGCGCGUUGUUCGCGUUGCCCUCGCAGCUGAAUGGCGCCGAAUAUCCCUCGGACAGUAGCAUCAAGCGCUUGGUGGUCGACUACAAGUACGACAACACGGGCGGACCCAGAGGGCAGCUGGCCUGCCAUCCAGCAGCAGCACAGUUCGUGCUAGAUAAUGCGGCCAACCUGGAACGAGAUGGUGGCAUCAAUGCUGUCGACCUGCUUCUGGAGAACGUGCAGGGAUUGGAGCUGGUGAACGGCUACUUGAAAAUCCAGGACUGUGAUUCCGACUUCGUGGUGGCUCAAUUGAAACAACAUUUGCAACAUUUGCGGCCCUUGGUCAUGGAGGACGUGCCAGCCAGAGGCCUCAUGCCCAACAAGCGCGACUUCUCCACCUGUGAGCAUCGCGUAGGUCUCGUCUAUGCCUCCGCCGUGCCACUGGACGCCUACCUCAACGCCCAUCGCAGCGGCGGCUCCGUCGCACUGGACGGUGGAGCCCCGUCCGCGGGCUCUCCGCCUUCAUCCUCCGCGCGUGGCGCCGUCGUCUUGUGCGCUGCGCUGGCCAGGUUGGAACAUCAACGCAAGGUGGCCGAGCUGAUCUUGGUGGCACAAUACUUUGGCGCCCUCCGAUACUCGGUGAUGUAG